UCGACCAGUUAGGUUUGUUGAGGUUGAGGGCUUAAAAAAAAUGAAUGACUUUUUCAAAAGUAAACAACCGGGAAACGUGAAUAUGUUGAAUCAAGAUAAACUUCAUUCGAAAUGUAUUGAAGAAAUUUUGGCUUUGAAUUUCAAUAAGAAAAAUAUAAAAAUUAACAGUGAUGCUUUAAAGCGAUUUACAGAAGUGGUAAAGAUUUUCAUUGCUGAAGGAGCUGAAAGAUCUGCAGUUCAAGCUAAGAAUGAAAAUAUUGAUAGUGAAAUUGUUGAAAUCACUCCCCAGCAUUUAGAAAAGAUUCUACCUCAGUUACUCCUUGAUUUCUAAACCUUAGAAUUGAAAAUGGAAAGAUGCCAAUUCAUUGUAAAUUAUAUGUUGUAAAUAAAUUUUAUUUUUUACUCAAA